AUGCUGCUGAAAUGCCUUAUAUUGUUCGUUUUAUUCAUUCAAGGAUGUCACAGUAAUCCAAGACACGUCAAUGUGAUCGUCCGACAUCAACAAGUUUACAGGGUAGGUAGGGAUGCCGAAAGAACGCACGUCCGAUUAUCCCCAGCUCAUGAAAAACUACUCGAGUUAGAUCAAGUGAAACCUGGGAAAUUCUCGUCUACAUACGAACACGAAUCAUUUGAGUAUGAGCCUUACAGAAUAACACGAGAUAUGAAAAAUGUGCAUUUACUGAAUGUUUUAAAGGAAGUUGAGUCUCAGCUAGUAAAACCGCCUUAUAUCAACGACGAAGAUAUAGUUGUGAAUAGACUAGCAAGACAAUCAAAAUUCAGGGAGAAUCGUAGAAAUAAACGUGCCGCACGAGAACAGUGGAGACAAUCUUUACCAGGGGCUAAAAGCACGGUUCCUGGAGCAAACGGCGGCAAGGAUGAGCCAGACGUCUGGGAUGAAGUUACGGACGCUGAGCUUAAACAAGCAAGUUACUGGAAAUAUCGAGACAUUGCAAAAUAUGCAGGGACGACCUUAUUGAGCGUCGCUUGUUUUGCAUUUCUUGGCAUAUGCUUUAUCCGAGACCCGGUUGCAUUUGUCUUUGCGUUCGGGACGGGCUGUCCUUGUUGCUUGAUAUGUUGUCCGUGCGUCCGUGCGUUCACAGACAAGUUUUUAAACGUCAAGGGUCUGGUGAAAGAUUCCAUGAACAAAUACAUGCCCGGGGUGAUUGUGAAAGAGGACGGUUCUCUCGACCACUAUGAACCGACGCCGGAAGAGGUGGAGAUCCUGCAUGAGCUUAUGGAGGAGAUCAUGUAA